GCCGUCGAAACACUCUUGCCACAAAUCGGUUUUUCCUUUUUAUUCGAUUGAAAAAUGUUCACGUUUUCCUUGUGAAGUGGGUGUCUCAAUCUGUGUAUCGUAUUUUAUAUAUUUUUCAAUUACUGAGUGCAAAAAUAUAUGUGCUGAUAAGUUAAUUAACAGCGCUGUUAAUAACUUACCUUAGAAAUACAACGCACAAAUAUGGCGGGUGGUACAACAGGUGCGUUGCUGUACGCGGUCAGCGCUGCCGUCCUGGGUAUGCUGCAGUUCGGGUUCAACACGGGAGUCAUCAACGCUCCGCGAACAUUCAUCGAGAACUUUAUUCAAGAGCAGAACGACCUCUCCCCCAGUCUCAUCUUCAGUGUCAUCGUCAGCGUAUUUGCGGUGGGAGGAAUGAUCGGAUGUCCACUUGCAAGCUGGCUGGUAGAAACACGUGGUCGUAAGAAUGCCCUGCUUAUUAACUCAUUCAUUGGCAUCAUCGGUACUGUUUUUAUGGGCUUUAGUAAGGUAGCAUACUCGGUGGAAAUGCUCAUUAUUGGAAGAUUCAUUAUAGGUAUCAACUGUGGUUUUGCGACUACCGCUUCUCCUACGUAUGUAUCUGAAAUAGCACCUGUGAAUUUACGAGGUGCUUUCGGUACUGUAAACCAGUUGGCUGUUGCUUUUGGGAUGGUUGGAGGACAGAUUCUCGGCAUCGAUGGUAUAUUAGGCAGCGACUCAGGAUGGCCGUGGCUACUAGGAUUAGCUAUCAUACCAUCAGCACUUCAGUGCAUCAUGUUGCCUUUCGCACCGGAAUCACCUAGAUAUUUAUUAUUAUCAGUUCGUGAUGAAGAAAAAGCAAGAACAGCAUUAACGAAAAUAAGAGGUACAAACCAAAUUAACGAUGAAAUUAAUGAUAUGCACAUUGAAGAUCAAGCUACGAAGGAAGAAGAUAAAUUCUCAAUUAUGGAUCUAUUUAGAACUUCGUCUCUACGUACUCCACUACUUAUUGGUAUAGUUAUGCAUUUAUCCCAACAAUUGGGCGGCAUUAACGCAGUUCUUUAUUAUUCUGUAACUAUUUUUCAGUCAGCCGGUCUCGAGCUGUCUGUUGCACGAUUGGCCUCAAUUGGAGUUGGCAGUGUCUUAUUCGUAAUGGCUUUGGUGUCGAUACCUUUAAUGGAUCGUUUAGGGAGACGUACCUUACAGUUGGUUGGACUCGGUGGAAUGACUGUUUUCUCCGUUCUAAUGACGAUCGCUUUCUUCACGUACGAAAAUAAUUCAACUAUGAGCACAUUUGCUGUUAUUUUCACAUUCCUAUAUGUAGCAUUUUUCGGCGUAGGUCCUAGUUCUAUACCUUGGAUGAUCUUAUCAGAGUUGUUCAAUCAGGGCGCUAGAAGCGCCGCUGUAAGUGUGGGAGCCCUGGUGAAUUGGUUCGCCAACUUCGUAGUUGGUUUAACAUUUAUACCAAUGUCUGAAGCGUUGGGUAACUACGUAUUCUUGCCUUAUACAAUCCUAUUGAUAUUAUUCUUCCUAUUCACUUUCUUCAAAUUGCCUGAAACUAAGAACAGGACAAUCGAGGAAGUAACAGCUCUCUUUAAAAAGUAGUUUCAGUUUAACAUGAUAGACUUAAGCCACAUUCCUUAGAUGUAAGCGUAUUAAAUACUGCAAUAAGUCUAUAGUGUGAAUUGUGAUAAUUAUUUCAACAAUACAUAGAAGCCAGAAUAUUAAUCUUU